AUGUCGUGGUAUUCUGUCAUCUACACACGCGUACGUGAAUAUAAAAAGAAGAAUCCUAUACGUGGCUUCUUCCUCGCACGCCUGCUCAACGCUCUACUUUUCGCACAGAUCGCUGGACUUGCUUACAGCAUAUAUGUUUAUUUCUACAUCGUUUGUGGAUAUUUCCUGCAAUCAUCACUUCAAGCUACUCUUUAUAUCUGCAUAUAUUUAUCACUUUCCUUCAUGGCUUUGUGGUGUCUCUUCUCUGCUCUACUCUAUGGCGUAGCAAAGAUUCCUCCUCACUGGUCGGUGCCUGCCGAAGUGGACGAAAGACUCAAGAGUUGUACACCAUUUGAAAGUGGUCGCUACGUAGUGGAUAAAUCGACUCCCGAGCAGACAGUUCAACAACAUCGAAUUCUCACCAAAGUAGCUGCAGAUCUUGGAGUUGUACAGGCAGAAUGCGAUCAAGCAGGAAGAAAUAAGUACUGCUACAUUUGUAGAACUCUGAAGCCGGAUAGAUCACAUCAUUGCUCGUCUUGUGGAAGAUGUGUGGUGAAAUUUGAUCACCAUUGUCCAUGGAUAAAUCAAUGUGUAAAUCAUGCAAACUACAAGCCGUUCCUACUCUAUAUAUUCUACAGCACCGUUACAGUCGCAUGGUUCGUAGUAACGUCAUUAGAAUGUUUUGUACGAUUUAUCACAAACGGGAAUUUUUUGGAAGAUGCAAUUCCUCUAGCACAUCUUCUUCUAGUGAUGGUUGCAUAUGGAGUGUUUGGUUAUUAUCCACUUGGUGAAAUGGUCAUCUUUCAUUUUGGCUUACUGUCAAUUAACGAAACAACCUGUGAACAAGCAAAACCUGCUGUGCUGAAGUUUGACUUCAAAGCUGAUUACAAUCUGGGCAAAAUGAACAAUUUCCGACAGGUAUUUGGAUGGGGAUUAUGGAUGUUCCCUCUGAUUACUAGCGAAGAAGAUGGCAUGCACUUUCAAAUACGCUACGUGGAUCCAUCAAAUCAAAUGCGAUUCAAGCGAGUCAUAGUAAAAGCGACAAAAAAUGCAGUGACAGGUUACCCAACAGAACGAUCCUACCGAUUUUUUGAGCGACCUGUAUCAAUCAAAUUCUUCAGGAAAUCAUUUGAACCAUCAUCGUCAUCAUCUCGAUCUUCUGCAUAG